GUCGCGCAAUCGUGCUUCGAGUCGCGCAUCACAGCACCUGCCUCUGUCCGCCACUCCCCCUCGCGGAGACAUGCGCCAGUCGCCCUCCUGGCUUCCCGUGUCCGUCUCCUUCCCGCCCUCUCGUCCCCGUCGUCCCCGUCUCCGCCGCGCAUCCAGCCCCUCCCGCUUGCCCCCACUCCACAUAUCUUCUCUGCGCCGCAGACGCAGCCUCGUCUGCCGCUGUAUUGCUUUUGUUGCAGGGUUGUUCGCCGUCCUCCUUGUUGUUGCCCUUUUCGGCGCCGAAGAAACACACUGGGCACCAUCUUUCCGCGAUUCCACCCUUAUCUUUGGGAGAGAAAACCUGCAGCGAAUCUGGAAGUGGGAGAUUGAGAGUGGUCAUUAUCCUAGUAUUGCAAAGAUCCCAGAACGCUUAGGCUUCACGUCGACCCUCUUCAAUCCCGCCGUACCCCCCGCAAGGGCACACACCCUCGUUUCACCCUUCACUCCUCCAUCCGAUCCGGCCAUUACACAGGCUCGCGGUUAUGGCCCUCAACGGAUUUACCGUAUACCCCAGGCAGAUACUCCCAUGGACAUCGCAUACCCUCCUCGUCCACUACCAGGGAGCACCGCCGAUUUAGACAUUAUACUAGAGCAAUGUAAUUUUGCUCCUAAUGAUGGCAAGUAUGUUCGAGAUUGCCUGGAGUUCCUUCGUUUGGGUGCGAAUUUAGACAAUGGACGUAGAGUUAGAAAGGGCAUUCCAGACGAAUGGAGCUAUGUAUUUCACGAGACCGACACCUUGGCCGCUCCUCCUCCAACGCCCAGCACGCCCACUGCUCUCAAAGGAUCGCGACUGUUCCCCACCGGAGAACCGAUCUCGAAUGCUGGACUGGUGAAGAAACGCGGUGCUGCAUGGGAACCGCUUCUUGAUCUCUCACCUCCUCAGGUUCCGAAGUCUUUGUCAAACACCUGUGACCCCGAGAAUCCUCGCAUAUUCCACAUGUUCUGGGCUGGUCCGUUUACAGAGAAGCCAUACGCUUCCCUUCUUUCUUUCCUUUUCACCCAGCGGCUUGAUCUUCACCUCAACGUUGAAGAGUCAACAUCUGUAUGUCGACCCCAAGUCUGGUUAUGGAUCAACCCAGGACCUGCGGCAUCUGUGCCGAAUCCUACUGCGGUCGAUGACAUGUAUGCUUCGCUGAAGUCGAAUCCAUGGUCUACUCUGUUCCUACACCCUCGCUUCAACGAUGUUAUCAAGUUCAAACUUUGGAACACCACCGAGCAAUUAGAUGCUGUUCCUGAGUUGCGGCACGAAUGGCGUAACAUGGGCAGUCUGUUCAAGUCUGGUGGAUACGUAGUGAACAUGCCCGCUGGCAAAGUGCACAAUGCGCAUGACGAAGGAGAUGACAACAGUAUGUUCAACCGUGCGGGUUCCAAGUCUCCGACCAGCUAUGAUAGGUUGUCUGUCAUCUUAUCGGACAUGGUACGGUUCAUACUGUGUCAUCGCUUUGGUGGCAUUUAUCUUGACGCCGACACUCUUUUCCUCCGAGACUGGGAGGAGCUUUGGGGCUGGAAAGGGGCUUUUGCAUACCGGUGGUCCUACCACGAUGCCUAUAACACCGCCGUUCUUCGCAUGAACAAGAACUCGGCGCUCGGCUCGUUCUUGUUCCGCACUGCUGUCAAGAAUGGAUUGGACUUCCAUCCAAUGUCAAUAUCGAAGUAUCUAGACGACGCUCACUUGCAGAGUCUACUCUUCCGCGUCCCAGAUGCUCUGUUUGACCCUGCGUGGCUAAACACGGAGGGUUACCAAUUAGAUCGGCCUCCAGCGCCAUUUUUCACAGAGUUCAGCGACUUCUUUGAUACGCCUGCCGUGGACAGUGCAGCACCUCAAGUUGUGGGCUUCGACGGAUUUUUCCGGGGUGCCUUUUCGUACCAUUUCCAUAACUUCUGGUCAAAACCGUUUGAUCCAAGUCGAAAUUGGCCAGACUUGGGCCCCAGGUUUGCCGAGAGCGCAAGAGCGGCACGUGCAGCAGCACGUCCCAACGAUGAUCCCGACGACUGGAAUGAUAAAGUCUAUGACGACAAGCAAGAUCUUGACUGGUCAGCAGUUCUGAAGCGGACGUUUGAGGCUUACGUUCGGGGUGAGCGGCCCAAUAUGUAUGGAGAGUGGUUGCGCUGGUAAAUAGCUUGCGACGUGCCUCCAUCUUUGCAGGUAUGGUUUUAUAUAUGUGCAGUUGGGAGGGAGGAGUUGCUUUUUCGUGUUAUCCGUUAGGGUUUUUUCUGAUUCCCGUCCGAUCUUUACUUCAUUGAACACUAGCACACAUACACACAUAGUAAUCGUGGGUUUUGGAUUCCUCUGACGAACUGCAAGUAGGCAGUACAUACGAAGACGCGGAUAGCUGAUCAUACAGUACUAGUUUGCAUGAUGCAUCUAUGAGAGUUCGAAUUUGAACAUUUGAACGUUGACUGGUACUAUGAUAUGCCUAUUAUAGGCCGAGAGCGCGUUAACACAGUACUUAACAGGACGUGGAAUGAAUGUUGCAAUUACAUCAACUGCUGCG